AUUCGACGCAGUCUUACUGCGGCCGUCAUGGAACGCAGUUGAAUCGUCGUUAGUCGCUUUUAUGGCGAAAAAACUGUUCAAAGUUCCAAUCAAAAUAUUUUAUUUUCACUUUAAUUUAUAAAACAUUUAGUGGCUUAAAAUAAUCUUCAAUAACUUUUAAUAACAAAAUUAUACCGCGAACAUGGCUGUGAACGUGUGUUUUUGUGUAAAACUGUCGCCUAACAAAAAAUCGAUUUUUGGAUUGAGAAUGAGCACCCAAAUCCUUUAUUUGGUAUUGUUUGCCGGUUUCUUGGCGGCCAAGGCUGCUGCAGACACAGAUGCGUCUUGUGCUGAUGUGAAAAAUAUUUUUGAAAAGAAAGGAAUGUUGUUAAUGAUCGAUCUUCAAGAAAAGCCAAAUUCAGAUGCCGGCGAGCUUUGUCUCAACAAGGGUUGCUGCGGUGCUGGUGCGCGAUCUCGUCUGAGCACUCAGGCGAGGACACAGCUUGAAGAUGCACUACGCAGUGAACUGAACAAACUAGCACAAAUACUGUCCAACAGAGCCAAACGAUUUGAUGAUUUCUUCCGAAAGCUCCUAAAGUUAUCCAGAGAGGAGUUCCAUGCUAUGUUCAAACGAACGUACGGCAUGAUCUACGAACAGCACUCGUAUGUCUUCGAACAACUCUUUGAACAGUUGGAGAGGUACUACACAAGAGGAGACAGCGACUUCGACGAGAUGAUGGACAGCUUCUUCGGGAUCCUGUAUCAGAAAAUGUUCGCCGUUCUGAACUCACAGUAUACCUUUGAUGACAAGUAUCUGAAAUGUGUGAACGAGCACAUGCGGGACAUCCAGCCAUUCGAGGACGUGCCAUCAAAACUAUCAGCGCAGCUGAGACGAGCGUUCGUCGCCACACGCACCUUCCACAAGGCGCUGCGUGCUGGAGCUGAUGUUGUCAGGAAUAUGAUGCAGGUGGGUGUAACCCAGGAGUGUGUUGCCGCAUGGGCUCGUCUUCGUUACUGUGGCUCCUGCGCGGGUCAUCAGGUCCCGGCCUGUAGUCGCUACUGUCACAACGUCAUCCGCGGCUGUCUGCCUACACACGCAGACCUCGGAGACCAGUGGGAUGCCUAUGUUGAUGCCGUCGAGAAGGUAGCAGAUCGCCUACUCGGACCGUUCAACAUAGCAAUGGUCGUGGAACCGAUUGACAUUAAAAUAUCCGAAGCCAUCAUGAGCUUCCAGGAGCGUAACCAGGAGAUCUCGCAGAAAAUCUUCUCUGGUUGCGGGAAACCGGUUUUGGGGGGUGGCGGCAGCACUGGCCCGUUCUUCCCCCCGGGCAGGAACAAACGUUUCGCCCGAUCGAUACCCGACUUCGAUUGGAAUCAUAAACCUAAUGAUGUGGACGAUUUUGAAAUCGAGGCAUCCUUUGAGAGUGUUUUCAACGACGACCCGUCGCUCAUGAGCCUCCGGACGCCCGAGGGCAUUCGCAAAGCGACGGAGGAAAUGGCAGAGAAUGCUAAGUCGAGGGAGCGUUUCCUCCAAUACAUGAGAGGACAGAUUCAACUCGAAGAGUACGAGGAACACGAGCGGAGCAAACGUGAUGCGGACCCUGAACCGGCGGCGCAAGGCGGUUCAGAAAUAGACUACAAGUCGUACGAGUUUGAAGGCAAGCGAGGAUCCAAGAAGAAGAAGCUGACGGCGGCCAAGGCUGAAACCGGGCACGGUGCGGACACUGGUCCCGAGUUAGAGAAGUUGGUCCGCGAGACUCGUUCCCGUGUCCGAGCAUCCCGUCGCUACUGGCUCCACCUGCCGGCGCUUCUGUGUGCCACCGCCAGUGUUACCACCGCGCCCUGCUACAACGGCAGUCACGUGGCCAGCUACACGUCGAUAGCUGCUGGUGACGGCUCCGCGGCGCUGGCCUCCAACCCGGAGGUGCGGUCCCCACCACCACCACCCCCGCCCGCGAGCGACGCGUCACCGCUGGAGGCUCUCCGCUCACUCACCGGAAGGCUCAAGGAUGCUUACAACGGAGUCGAAGUGCACUGGAUGGAUACAGCCGAAGACCUGCAAUCUGCGGCCGCGUCUCAGAGCGAGUUCAUAGACAAUGGCGGAUCAGGGUCCGGGUCCGGAGACGACACGGACGACACAGAGGAUCUGCCCGACGACGACGAGGACAGAGACCCCAGCAAGGACUAUGAAGGCUCCGGCAUCAGCGAGUCGCCGCUGGACCCAACCGACACGGAGACGGAGAAACAACAGCCGACCGAGACCGAGGAGCCGGUGGUGCCGAGCGUAGUGAACGUGCCGGGCACCAAGAACGUCAACCUGCCCUCCGCCAUAGACGCCGGCGACGACGCCGUGGACGUCCGCGGCCGCGUGGACGAGCCGCAGCCCGCGGCGGCCGGCGCCGAGCGACCCUCGCUGCAGAACGCGCUGUUCACGUACGCGCUGCCCGUCGUCUGCGCCUGGUUCGGCUCCAUCGUCACCGACCUGUUUUGAAUUUAGAACGGUGGCGUCGGACUCGACCGGUCGGCGGGAUUCGAACUUGGAAGCGUGACGUCACAGCCGGCCGGUGACGUCACGCCCUCGACUAGUCAGUGUCAGUGACGUGAGCGUGUGGACCGUCAAGGGACAGUGUCGUUAAUUUAUUCCUGCUCGGCGUCCGUGUGGUCGACAAUAACAGUGGGGUUAUGAUUAUUUUUGUAUAACCGAAACAAUUAGCUCGAAAAUGUUUAGGAACAGCCAAAUCGUGUAUUUAUUUAGUCUUGUAAAUAUAAACUUGUAAAUUAUGCUGGUGUUAGAUAGCGAAUGUUUCCUCUCUCUGUUCUCACGCGACGUGCGCCGGGGCUCGGGCCGCUGCUCGUCCGUUGUCUUCGGUUCGUGUAAAUAAAGCUCGCGGCGAGCUCUAGCUUCGAAGGAACGAAUAUUUAAAGUGUACAUAUUAUUAAUGCUAGACUAAGCUAAGACUGAUUCGCUCCCUGCGAUACGAUUGCGAGGAAAGCCGCCGACACACUUGUACAUAAUAACAAAAUAUAUGCAAUAGAAUAUUAUACGGUGUGUUGCAAUCGUCGGAACGUGCUUACAAAUGCAUACGUUUCCUAACAUUGUAUCGUGAGAUAUUCAUCGGACUAAGUUUAACCGACUGACGUAUGAAUAAUGGCGCUUAACUUUUUUUUUUUUUCUAUAAUGCAAUUUAUGGUUUACAGCUUUCAGCUUGAUUUUUUUUUAUGAAAUUAAUUUACAAUGUAUUACGUAUAUAUACAAGUACAUAUAUUUUAUUGGACAUAAUAAUGAAUGAAUUAAUUCUUUAAUGUAUAUAAUUGUCAUUCGGUGCAUUGUGAAUUAAGCUUAAUAUUUUUUACAGUAAGUGAGACCAGUGUAUAGCGUCUAAGUGAACUGUCUACAUGCCAUACUUAGUCUUAUAGAUACAAACGCACAAUAUUUCUAUAAUAAAUAAUCGAUUUUUAAUAAAUUCGCUGAAGAUUAUUUUUAUUUUUAUUUAUGUAUUAGAUUUCUAACUAUGUGUUUAAUACUUCUUUUAUUCGACAUUCAGUUAAUACUUUUUUUUAUUUGACAUUCGCAUGUAGAUUGAGAAAAAAAAAAUUAAUUAUUUAUUGGGACCAAAACUUCUCGGGCACGAUUUUAAAAUUUUAAUUUUAUGUUCUUAUCGAAAUUCAUUAAAUUGGUUCUGAAAUAUAAAAAUACAACGUUCAUAACAAACCUUUAACGUAACUUGAAAGCUGCUCUGGAUAAGGUGUAUUGAUAUUUUUAUAAUAAACUAAAUAUUUAAAUAUAUUAAAAUACUACUAGUCUUAAAUAUAUUAAAAUACUUAACAUAAUUUUCGGUACUAUCGUGUAAGUUUUGUAAGUUUAUCAUUUGAAUAGAAUUUAAUAAAAAAAAAAUCAUCACUCGUGGUUUAUAACGAGGACGCCGCGUAUAGACGGAUUUCGGUACGUUCAAACUGUCGGUUUGAAAUUUGUUCUAGAUAUGACAGGGUACUGUUAAAUAAUUUCCUCUGAAACUCUCUGUAUACUUAAUUAAUUAAAAAGGAAUAAAGUUUAGACAUAUAAUGUGAUGUUAAGAAAAUAUAAAUUACAAUUAAUAGAAACGUUGUAUGUUGUAUGACAAUUUUUUAACGUUCAGAAUCUGAACCACAAUUUUAUAGUCAAUGAUAGAUAGAAGUUAGCAGUCUCAGAGAGAUGUUAAAAAUUAACUUUCAAAUGAUACGUAUUUAACGUUCGGAUGUCGUCGAUAAAAUCAAAAAUAUUGAAUUAAUUCUGAACAUCUACUAAUAUUAUCUGCCAAAUGACAUUUAACUGCCAAAAACAUAUCAAUGUUCCGCCAAUUGUCACUUCAACGUAAUUUGUAACCUUAGUUUCUCAUAAAACGAACACGUCGCGUAGUUGUUAUCGAAUUGUUCUGAUAUUAUUUUCUGUAAUAACGAGAGAUUGUAACACUAUGGAGUUUAUUGUCUUUCUCAGUGCUUAUAUUUUCUUCACUGAAUAAAUGAUUUGAAUGACUUGUUUUAUAACUGCUGAAUAUUAAUGUAAUGAAUAGUGAAAGUGAUUUGUUGCUUUAUAGUUUAUUAUUUAAAAAUGAUUAUACACAGCACACAAAUAACAUCUCAUCAUAUAAAUUAUGUACCUAUUGGUUUACUUGUGAAAUCGAAACAUAAAAAAUGUAAUAAUGUAGCCUAAACGUUAUAUGUUAUGUAGACACAACACAUAGUUAUGUGUAAAUAUACUGUCAUGUCUAUUGACUAAA